GGAGGAUGACGAGGGCCAAAGCUGCAAUGGAAGGCGUUAAGCUAAAGCAUCUUCCAAGUCUGAUUUCUACCCUCAAGUCUCAACCACAAAACCAAAACAUGCUACGAAUCCCAACUUCUUCUUCUUCUUCCACUUCGUCUCUCCUUCCUCAAGCUUCCUUCAAUUCUAAUUCCUUUUCAUCGAAUCAGUCUCUGUUCCUCUCCAAUUAUGCAAUUCCCCAUGGAAGCAGAAAGUUGAAGACUUUGCGUCUCAGAGCGAAUUUCUGGGAGUCAAUCCGAUCUGGGUUUGUAAAGAAUAACAAUACGACCCAAAUUGUGGAACCACCUUCUACAAUUGAUAAUGAGGAAGAUACUGAACCGUUAUUGCCUGUGGAAUUUACUCUGGUUGAGAAAACUCUGCAAGAUGGGUUAAUCGAAGAGAUCAUUUUCUCUUCUGGUGGUGAGAUUGAUGUUUAUGAUCUUCAAACUCUUUGUGACAAGGUGGGGUGGCCUCGAAGACCGUUAUCGAAACUAGCUGCAGCUUUGAAGAAUAGUUAUAUGGUGGCUACAUUGCAUUCUGUCUUGAAGUCGUCACCUUCAGAUUCAGAUUUAUCAGAAGGCGAUAAUGACCAGCAGAAGCAGCAGAAGAAGCUUAUUGGAAUGGCACGUGCGACGUCGGAUCAUGCCUUUAAUGCUACAAUCUGGGAUGUUCUUGUUGAUCCUGAAUAUCAGGGUCAAGGGCUUGGUAAAGCUCUUGUAGAAAAACUUGUAAGGGCUCUUCUUCAAAAGGAUAUUGGAAAUAUCUCUCUUUUUGCAGAUAGCCAAGUUGUGGAUUUCUAUCAGAAUUUGGGGUUUGAAGCUGAUCCAGAAGGCAUUAAAGGCAUGUUUUGGUACCCAAAGUAGUGAUUGGUGGAGUUCUAAAAGAAUGGGAUUAGUGUUUUGUUUUGUAUAAUUUCUAUGCUUUCUUAUAUGGAUCUUUAAGGAAGUUUUCAACUGUGCAUUUUGUAUAAAAAGAACCAAUGUGUCUAUUUAAGAUUCAAAACAUGAUUACGAUCAA